AUGUCUGCGCCCAUGGAGAAGAAUUCAGUUGUUAUUUCAAAGGGAAAUUUUGAUAAUAAUCUGCCACAUGGCCGAAGGAAAUUUUAUGACUUAGCCUCAAAUGAUGAGAGGAAGAUUACUAGAGAUGAUCAGAUAAGCAGUCCACGUCGCUUGUUGCCAUACAUCGAAAAAAAUGUCAUUGGAAAGGAGAAAAUAUUCUCUGGACCUUUUGGCCAAAGAUCUGUUUUAUAUUGCGACUACACUGCAUCAGGGCGAUCACUGUCGUUCAUAGAAGAUUAUAUCAGGAAGGAAGUUCUUCCUGAAUAUGGCAACACCCAUACUACCACCACUGUUACCUCUCUUCAGACCACACUGUUUAGACAUGAGGCCAGGGACAUAGUAAGAAAUGCUGUUCAUGCCAGUGAGCAUGAUGCUGUCAUCUUCACAGGGAAUGGUUGUACUGGAGCUGUUCAUAAACUCAUCAAUGCUCUCCAUUUGUCAACUCCACCAGUUGUCUUCAUUGGUCCUUAUGAGCAUCAUUCGAACCUGCUGCCAUGGAAGGAGAUCGGGGCAGAUGUCAUCAGGAUCUCGACUACUGAGGAUGGUCUUGUUGAUAUGGACUGUCUGACCACUGAACUAGAGCGAUGGCAGUUAUCAGGUCGCGAGCUGAUUGGUUGUUUCUCUGCUGCAUCCAACGUGACAGGGAUCCUGGCUGACGUUAACGCCAUCACCGUUUGUCUUCAUAAACAUGGCGCACUGGCAUUCUGGGAUUACGCCACUGCUGGGCCGUACGUGGAGAUCGAUAUGCACCCUGUGGUUGCCAGUAAGGACCAGCCUUAUGUAUAUAAAGAUGCCGUUUACCUGUCGCCCCAUAAGUUUGUAGGCGGAGUAGGAACACCAGGGAUCCUAAUAGCCAAGAAAAAGUUAUUCAGGAAUCCUGUCCCAUCCGGUGGAGGAGGUGGAUCAAUCUUCUUUGUUAGAAGGGAUUGCCACAGAUACCUUCAAGAGGUUGAGAUGAGGGAGGAAGGAGGAACCCCGGCCAUUGUGGAGUCCAUCAGGGCUGGAUUGGUGUUUAACCUCAAGGAGGCUGUCACCCCUGAGGUCAUUCUUGAGAGGGAACACAGUGUCUGUAGGAAUGUCCUUGAUUGUUGGAAGGACUGCAGCAAUCUUGUCAUCUUAGGCCCGACAUCUGUUCCCAGACUUCCAAUCCUCUCUUUCCUCAUCAAGCAUCCAGACUCAGGUCUCUACCUCCAUCAUAACUUCAUCUGCGCUGUCCUCAAUGAUCUGUUCGGGAUACAAGCAAGAGGAGGCUGUGCUUGUGCUGGACCUUACGCCUUGGACCUUCUUGGAAUUGAUGAAGAAUUGGCACAAAAGAUAGAGAACCUUCUGUUGGAGGAUGGGAGACUUGAUCGAACACACCUUAGACGAUACCGAGAAUAUUCUGACAGAGAAAUCCUCCGACCUGGGUUUGCGCGUCUCAACUUCCCUUUCUUCAUGUGUGAUGAAGACGUCGACUUCGUAAUUGAGGCUGUGAAAAUGGUGGCAGAAGAUGGAUGGAAACUGCUGCCUCAGUAUCUGUUCAACCCAGAGACCGGAGAGUGGAGGUAUAGAAAGCAUCAGGUUUUCAAGGACCGGAAGUGGUUGAGCCACAUAAGCUAUGGUAGCGGUGAGAUGUUGUACCAGGAGCCGGUGCCAAAUAUCAAAGGUCCUCUCCCAGAUAACAGAGAAGAUUGUCUGGCUAAAGCUCGUGCGAUAUUCAAUAGUGCAUCUAAGGUGAAGACUGAGUUGUCAGACCAGGCUCUUCUCUUUGGUGAUGUGGCGGCUGAAAUACGCUGGUUCCUUCUCCCCAGCGAAGCCCAGCUGUGGAUUAGCAAACCACAGCAUGCCAAGCAGAGGGCUGCCCACCCACUACCAUUCCAUCCAGGGAAACCAGUUCAACAUAUUCGUCACAUUUUCAAAUCAAAGAAUGGGCAAAGUUGCAAUGGAUGUGAUAGGUUCUCGGUGGUGCUUCCAGGUGGUCAGGCUGAGAAAUGUACUGAGGAUGAUAACGUUGAUGAUACACGAACUGUUCAAGAUAUUGUUGGUGGUGAUGUACAUGUAGCAAAGGUGCUUCUAACUGAUCGGUCUGAAGAACAAAGUGAGAGUUCUCCGCGUGUGAAUGAUUUGGCGGAAACAUUCAAGGAUGGGCUUCGUGAUUAUCUGACUGAAGGCUUCAUUGGUUGUGCUGAUGAUGACCAUGACCUUGGCCAGAGGUCUGCUGAUGCAGAUGUAAAGGGUAACCAUGGAGACUCAGGGUUGAGCCAGCCAACAGGUAUUAGAACAGCUGCUUCUGACAGGGAUGUAUUUGAUGUCAGUACUGAAAAUUACCGGACUAAGAAAUUAACGGUAUCUGGUGGUGAAGAUUACACAAACAACAUUGUUGAAUCAGCCAAUCUGAACCUUUGCUCAGAGCAAGCAAAUUCAAGCCCAGAAUCAGUGAAACAAUUUCUUCUAUCGAUUGUUGAGAAGGUUUCGCUCAGUCAGACAGCAUCUGAAAAAAAUGUGAAUCCAGAGAAUCUUCCAAGCAAAUUCAGCGAAUUACACGUGGAUUCCAACAGUUCUGCUAUCAGUGAAAGUAGUCCAUCUGCAGCUUGUCUUGCCUGUGUACCGAAAAAGGGACCAGCUGCAGCAGGUCAAGAAGAGACCAAGCCACAGGUGAAGUGGCACCCCCCAUCCAAGGUCAUCUUCAAUCCAACAUUAGAGGCCCUGGAGGAAUACAAGAUGAUCCGAGACGGUGAUAAGGUCCUGGUGUGUUUGUCCGGUGGCAAGGAUUCUCUAUCAUUGCUCCAUUCACUACGACAGUACCAGUUCUAUGCAAAGAAAAAGGGUGUGGUUUUCCAGCUUGGUGCUGUGACAGUUGAUCCUGGUACUUCCUCCUAUGAUCCUAGUCCUCUGAAGGGAUAUCUCAAGGCGCUGAACGUACCGUAUUUCUACGAGGAACAAGGUAUCUUGGAACAGGCCGCUCAACUCCCCUAUGCAUGUGCAUCCAUCUGUAGCUUCUGUAGCCGCAUGAAGAGGGGAAGGAUCUAUGCUGCGGCGAGACAGGAGGGCUACAAUGUGCUUGCCAUGGGACAACAUCUCGAUGAUCUGGCAGAGAGCUUUCUGAUGAACGCCUUCCACAAUGGCGGUCUACGCACGAUGAAGGCGAACUAUGUUGUCAAGGAGGGCGAUUUGAGAGUCAUUCGUCCAUUGGUGUACGUAAGAGAAAAGGAUCUACGGCAGUUUGCUGAAGAGAAGAAGUUGCCAGUCAUAGCAGAGAACUGUCCUGCCUGCUUUGAAGCACCCAAGGAGCGACACCGCAUGAAACAGUUACUGGCUGCUCAGGAACUUCUCUUCCCAAAGAUUUUCUCAAGUUUGAUGUCUGCAAUGAAACCAUUGAUGGCACUUGGUAGGACGGGAGCAUCUGUCAAUGAGAAGGGGGAGUCAAAUGUAGAUGAUGAGGACUUAUGAUAGCGUGGUCCUUGAUGGAACCAGAUCAUUGUGGUCUGAAUCCACUUAAAACCAUUUAGCUGGUUUAUCUCAUAACUGUUGCAUUUCAAGGCCUGCAUUGACAUGAGUGUACACUCUACUGCCCGUGUCCUGUUCUGUCUCACUCUCCGACCAUCAAUAAAUAAUGUAUU